AUGAUCAGAGUAUUCACCAGUCCUAUGAAAUCAAGUUUCAGAAAUCUUUUUCAUCCCAGAAGAAGAACAUACUGCUCGAUUGAAACAAAGAAAGACAUAUUAUUCGACCCCACAAAACAAAUAUGCAAAAUCAUGAUGUCAUGUCCAAAGCUAGGAGUUGCAACUGCACUUGACCAAAGUGGUAUAAGGCCAUCACCUGAAGUAGUAGAACAAGUCCUCAAAAGAUUCACAAAUGCAGGCAUGUUGGUGUAUCAAUUCUUUGAUUGGGCAGGUAAGCAACGUAACUAUGAACAUUCUAUAAAAGCUUAUCAUGCCAUGAUUGAAUCUUUAGCCAAAAUCAGACAAUAUGAAAUCAUGUGGGAUCUUAUAAACACCAUGAGAACCAAAAACCUGCUCAACAUCGAGACUUUUUGCAUAAUUAUGAGAAAGUAUGCAAGAGCACAAAAAGUCGAAGAGGCAAUCUACACCUUCAAUAUCAUGGAAAAAUACAACACCCCUCCAAAUUUAUCAGCUUUUAAUGGUUUAUUAAGCGCAUUAUGUAAAUCAAGAAACGUAAGAAAAGCCCAAGAGAUUUUUGACACAAUGAAAGAAAGAUUUAAACCUGAUCAGAAAACUUACAGUAUAUUAAUCGAAGGGUGGGGAAAGGAUCCCAAUUUGCCUAAAGCAAGAGAGAUUUAUAAAGAAAUGGAAAAUGACGGAUGUACCCCUGAUAUUGUCACAUACGGGAUCAUGGUUGAUAUUUUGUGUAAAACAGGUAGGGUAGAUGAAGCUAUCGAUAUAAUAAAAGACAUGGAAUAUAACGGUUGUGGGCCCACAUCCUUCAUAUACAGUAUUUUAAUUCACACAUACGGGAUUGAAAACCGAAUCGAAGAUGCUGUUGAUACGUUUCUUGAAAUGGAAAGAAACGGUGUCCGUGCUGACGUGGCAGUUUACAACGCGUUGAUUAGCGCAUUUUGUAAAGUAAACAAGGUUAAAAACGCGUAUAGGGUUUUAAACGAAAUGGAAUGCAAAAAGGUGAAUCCAAAUUCAAGAACUUGUAACAUUCUUUUGAAUCAUUUGAUAGAUAGAAAAGAAAGUAAUGAGGCGUUUAAGGUUUUCAAAAGGAUGAUCAAGAUUUGUGAACCUGAUGCGGAUACGUAUACGAUGAUGAUUAAGAUGUUUUGUGAAACGGGUGAUAUUGAAAUGGGACAAAAAGUUUGGAAGUAUAUGAAAGGGAAGCAAUUUGUUCCUAGUUUGCAUACUUUUUCUGUUAUGAUUAACGGGUUGUGUGAAAAUGAAGAUGCUUCUGAAGCUUGUGUGUUAAUGGAGGAAAUGAUUGAGAAAGGAAUUAGGCCACCGAGGUUGACUUUUGGGAGGUUGAGAAAAUUGCUUUUGGAUCAAAAGCGUGAUGAUGUGUUUGAGUUUUUACAACAGAAAUUGAACUUAUUGGUAAAAGAGCCAUUAUGCGAUUGA